AUGAGAGACUCCGGAAUAAGGAAGACUGAAGGCAGUGAAGGCCAUUGGGUGUAUCUUGAUGACCAAGACUUGGCCCAAGUCUCUAUCAACAUAUGUGACUUCCAAACCACACCCCUUCAUGUGUCUUUGAUCCAAGAGAGGGACUGUUCUGAUGGAGGAAGGCAGAAGGUUCGACUGGCCGUGGAGAGAUUGGGCCUCGCUUCUCUCGGAGAGUUUAAACCUGAGGAGAAGAUCAUUGAGUACCGAGUGGGCAGUUGCAAGGACGGUCCUCUCCUCUUCUUCAUCUCUCAGAGCGUCCUGUCCAGUCUUCCGCCAGGACAUCGGCAGGUGGAGGUGCUGCCAGCGUCGUAG